UAGGUUGUAGCAGCAGAAACGGGACGCGGCCCUGCUCUAGUACUCGGGUCUGUCUCAGUACUACUUCACUGUGUCGGUUCUUCACGGCUCCUGCUCGCCGCUCAGAAAACUAACUAACAGAGUCGGUGUGUCCAGCCGGGUGGUUUCCAGCUUUCAGGGGGAGUGUGGGAGCAGCGGGCUGCAGGAAAAUGCCGGCGGUGUCAAAAGGAGACGGCAUGCGAGGACUGGCCGUGUUCAUCUCUGACAUCAGGAACUGUAAAAGUAAAGAGGCUGAGAUCAAGAGGAUAAAUAAAGAGCUGGCCAAUAUUCGCUCCAAAUUUAAAGGAGACAAGGCUUUGGAUGGCUACAGCAAGAAGAAAUACGUCUGUAAGCUGCUUUUCAUCUUUCUUCUGGGCCAUGAUAUCGACUUCGGACACAUGGAGGCUGUAAACCUCCUCAGCUCCAACAAGUACACGGAAAAACAAAUUGGUUAUCUGUUCAUCUCAGUUCUGGUGAACUCCAACAGCGACCUGAUUCGUCUGAUCAACAAUGCCAUCAAGAACGACCUCACCAGCCGCAACCCCACCUUCAUGAACCUGGCCCUGCACUGCAUCGCUAACGUGGGCAGCAGGGAGAUGGCCGAGGCUUUCGCCUCUGACAUUCCCAGAAUCUUGGUGGCGGGAGACACCAUGGACAGUGUGAAACAGAGCGCAGCUCUCUGUCUGCUCCGGCUCAACAGGACGUCUCCUGACCUGGUGCCCAUGGGUGAAUGGACGGCGCGGGUGGUGCACCUGCUGAACGACCAGCACCUGGGUGUGGUGACGGCAGCUGCCAGCCUCAUCACCACGCUGGCACAGAAGAGUCCCGACGACUUCAAGACGUCCGUGUCCCUGGCCGUGGCCCGGCUCAGCAGGAUUGUGACCUCUGCAUCCAUCGACCUCCAGGACUACACGUACUACUUUGUUGCAGCGCCGUGGUUGUCCGUCAAACUGCUGCGCCUGCUGCAGUGCUACCCUCCCCCUGAGGAUGCAGCGCUGCGGAGUCGCCUGACGGAGUGCCUGGAGACGGUCCUCAACAAAGCGCAGGAGCCUCCCAAGUCCAAGAAGGUCCAGCACUCCAAUGCCAAGAACGCUGUUCUGUUUGAAGCCAUCUCCCUCAUCAUCCACCACGACAGCGAGCCCACCCUGCUGGUCCGAGCCUGCAACCAACUGGGCCAGUUCCUGCAGCACAGAGAGACCAAUCUGCGUUACCUGGCGCUGGAGAGCAUGUGCACGCUGGCCAGCUCGGAGUUUUCCCACGAGGCCGUAAAGACGCACAUGGAAACCGUCAUCAACGCGCUGAAGACGGAGAGAGACGUGAGCGUCCGCCAGCGAGCCGUGGACCUGCUCUACGCCAUGUGUGACCGCAGCAACGCCCGGCAGAUCGUGGCGGAGAUGCUGCGCUACCUGGAGACGGCGGACUACUCCAUCCGAGAGGAGAUAGUGCUCAAGGUGGCCAUCCUGGCGGAGAAGUACGCGGUGGACUACACCUGGUACGUGGACACCAUCCUCAACCUCAUCCGCAUCGCCGGUGACUACGUCAGCGAGGAGGUUUGGUACAGGGUCAUCCAGAUCGUCAUCAACCGAGACGACGUCCAGGGCUACGCCGCCAAGACCGUGUUUGAGGCCCUGCAGGCUCCUGCCUGCCACGAGAACCUGGUGAAGGUGGGAGGCUACAUCCUCGGGGAGUUUGGUAACCUCAUCGCCGGUGACUCACGCUCCAGCCCUCUGGUCCAGUUCAACCUGCUCCACUCCAAGUUCCACCUGUGCUCGGUGCCCACCCGGGCGCUGCUGCUGUCGGCAUACAUCAAGUUCAUCAACCUGUUUCCGGAGGUGAAGGCCACCAUCCAGGACGUCCUGCGCUCAGACAGCCAGCUCCGCAACGCCGACGUGGAGCUGCAGCAGAGAGCCGUGGAGUACCUGAGACUCAGCUGCAUCGCCAGCACCGACAUCCUGGCAACCGUGUUGGAAGAAAUGCCCCCGUUCCCGGAGCGGGAGUCCUCCAUCCUGGCCAAGCUGAAGAAGAAGAAGGGCUCCAGCAAACUGCCGGACAUGGACGAGUCUCGGCGCAGCCACAUGAACGGCAGCACGGACCACGGCGAGGAGGCCGAGCCCACAACCAAGACGUCUCCGUCACUGUUGGAGGAUCUUCUCUCCACUGAAAGACCCCAUCCUUCCUCCUUCUGUCCCACCGCGCUCUCAGCUAGGACUCUGGCCUCCAGCCAGCCUCUGGCAGACAUGCUGCACCUCAACUCCACCCCCCCCUCCGGGGCCAGCCUGCUGGUGGACGUCUUCUCUGACUUCUCCACCCCCCCACCCAUGGAUGUGUCUGAAGAGCAUUUCUCCAGGUUUGUUUGUAAGAACAACGGCGUCAUCUACGAGAGCCAGCUGUUGCAGAUCGGACUGAAGGCCGAGUACCGCCAGAACCUGGGUCGCAUUUACGUGUUCUUCGGCAACAAGACGUCCACUCAGUUCUACAGCUUCUCCUCGUCUGUGGGCAGCAGUGACCUGCUCAAAACUCAGCUGAGCAUCCAGUCCAAGCCGGUGGAGCCCGUGAUCGAGGCCGGAGCUCAGCUCCAGCAGAUCAUCAACAUCGAAUGCGUGUCAGACUUCACGGAGGCCCCAGUUCUCAACAUUCAGUUCAGGUACGGUGGAGCGCUGCAGGACCUGGCCGUGAAACUCCCCGUGAUGCUGAACAAGUUCUUCCAGCCCACGGAGAUGAUGUCGCAGGACUUCUUCCAGCGCUGGAAGCAGCUCGGAGGCCCUCAACAAGAGGUUCAGAAUAUCUUCAAAGCCCAGCACCCGAUGGACACGGACGUGGCCAGGGCCAAGCUGCUGGGGUUUGGCGUGGCUCUGCUGGACGGCGUGGAUCCAAAUCCUGCCAACUUUGUGGGAGCGGGAGUCGUUCACACCAGAAACACUCAGGUGGGCUGCCUGCUCCGGCUGGAGCCCAACAUGCAAGCAGAGAUGUACCGCCUGACCCUGCGGACCAGCAAGGACUCCGUGUCCCAGAGACUGGGCGAGCUGCUGGCCGAGCAGUUCUAGCGCCGACCGGCUCCAGACGCUCCAGACGCUCCAGACUCCAGCCCUUCACUUCCUCAGCUCCACUUCAGCUCGGACAGGAGUUGCUGUACAGUGUACAUUUGUACUUUUUAUUUGACCUGCUUUACAUUUAUGUGAAUUCAGAUGUAUUUUUGCACAUAGCUUUACUAACGUGUCACUGCUUUUAACCUGCCACGUGUGUGCAUGUGUGUGUGUGUGUGAGUGUGAGUUUUCACAUGGUGCAUUUCUGCCGCUGGGGGGUGAGAGAGGUUCGGGAGCAGAACUGAUCCCAGGACCAUACUGCAAAAACUCAAAUCUUACCAGGAAUAUUUGUCUUAUUUCUAGUUAAAAUGUCUCAUUUUUAGUCAAAAAAUUUCAUUACACUUAAAACAAGAGUCAUUACCAGAAAAAUAACUUGUUAUUUGACAAUUUCCACCUGUUUCAAGUACAUUU